AUGAUACGAGAAUUUUACGAUAGUUCAGAUGAAGAUGAAAUGGAAAGUCAGUAUCAGAUAGAUCCAGAAUGUUUGGUUCUCACUCGGCCAGAUAAGGAUAUGCAUAACCGUUGUUGCGGAGGGAAAGCUUGGUGUAUACGGGAUAUAUGCGGCAUAAUAUGCGCGGUGCUGACAUGGCUGUUGAUACUGUAUGCAGAGUUCGUAGUAAUGAUGGUUAUGCUUCUACCUGGAGUGUCGACGUACCCUAUAUACAGUUACAUCAAUAUUUUCAUCUUUCAAAGUCUCGCGUUUCUCGCCUUCGCUUCACACUUGAGGACAAUGUUCACGGAUCCUGGCGCAGUACCAAAAGGAAACGCGACAAAAGAGAUGAUAAAACAAAUGAGUUUCCGGGAAGGGCAAGUGAUAUUCAAGUGCACAAAGUGUUGUAGUAUAAAACCGGAGCGCGCCCACCACUGUUCUGUAUGCCAGCGUUGCAUAAGAAAAAUGGACCACCAUUGCCCCUGGGUUAAUAACUGUGUCGGCGAGAACAAUCAAAAAUAUUUUGUGCUUUUUACGUUUUACAUAGCAGCAAUAUCGAUCCACUCUCUGACUCUAUCAGUGUAUCAAUUCGUGACGUGUAUAAGGCACGAGUGGCGCGAUUGUAGCACGUACUCCCCGCCAGCAACUGUCGUGCUAUUAUUGUUCCUUAUCGCUGAGGCGUUGCUCUUCGCUAUAUUCACUGCGGUUAUGCUCGGUACACAACUUCACGCUAUAUGGAACGAUGAAACUGGUAUCGAACAAUUGAAGAAAGAGCAAGCGCGAUGGGUCCGCAAAUCUCGAUGGAAGAGUAUACAGUCAGUGUUUGGUCGUUUUUCUAUAUUGUGGUUCUCGCCUUUCACCCAACCUUCGCCCAAGACGAAGCUGGAGAGUUACUUGUAUAGUGUGUAAAACAAACAGUAUUCACCAUUCAAACCACUAACCUAGAUAUA